GCGCAACGAUGUGCGGCACGGCCUGCUUCGUCUUCGUCGUCCUGGUCGGCGCGCGCACCCUGGGCCAGGACGCGCCGCCGUGGACUGAAGACUGCCGGAACUCAACGUACCCCCCGUCUGGGCCCACCUUCCGGGGGACCGUGCCGUGGUACACCAUCAACCUUGACUUCCCUCCCUACAAGCGAUGGCACGAGGUGGUGGCCGACCGAGGGCCCGCGAUCAAACUCAUGAUCCAGUCCGUGAAGGACAUAGUGAACACCUUCAACCCCAGUGGAAAGUUAAUGAAGAUGGUGGAUGAGAAAUUGCCUGGGAUGCUUGGCCACUUACCUGGGCCGUUUGAGGAGGAGAUGAAGGGGAUCGCAGAUGUGACAGGCAUUCCGCUGGGAGAAAUCAUUUCCUUCAACAUCUUCUAUGAGAUUUUCUCCAUGUGCACGUCCCUGAUCACUGAGGACCAAGCAGGGCACCUGAUCCACGCCCGGAACAUGGACUUCGGGGUUUUCCUUGGGUGGGAUACAAACAACCACACGUGGGUGGUCACGGAGCAGCUGAAGCCGCUGACGGUGAACCUGGACAUCCAGCGGGACAACAAGACCGUGUUCCUGGCUACCACGUUCGCCGGCUACGUGGGCAUGCUGACCGGGAUCCGGCCGGGGGCCCUCACCCUCACGCUGAAUGAACGGUUCAACAUAAAUGGUGGCUACCUGGGGAUCAUCGAGUGGCUUUUGGGCCGGAGAGGUGACAUGUGGAUCGGCUUCAUAACCAGGGCGGUGCUAGAGAACGCCACCAGCUAUGAAGAAGCCAAGAACAUCCUGACCAAGACUCCCCUCCUGGCCCCAGCCUACUUCAUCCUGGGGGGUAAUCGCUCCGGCCAGGGUUGCGUCAUCACCCGCGCCCGCAAGGCCACUCUGGAUGUACACGAACUGGACGCCCUACAUGGUCGCUGGUACGUGGUGCAGACCAACUACGACGGCUGGAAGCAUCCAUUCUUCCUGGAUGACCGCAGGACACCCACCAUGACCUGCCUGAACCGCACCACGCAGGAGCACAUCUCAUUCGCCUCCGUGUACGACGUCCUGUCCACCAAGCCCAUCCUCAAUAAGCUCACCGUGUACACGACGCUGAUGGACCUCUCCCGGGGAAAGUUUGAGACGUACCUUCGGGACUGCCCAGACCCCUGCAUUGGCUGGUGACCACCAGGGCCGGACCCCCGCCCCCGGCUGCCUGGAGCGGCCACCCCAUUCCGCCCUCAGGGAUCCAGCGCUGCAGGCCGGCACUCUCUGCCGUCGGGCCGGUCUUGGCCGGCCUGGCAGCAGAUAGUGGGGUGGGUGGGCGGUCCCACUCCUCUGGCCUAGCCAGGGACCAGGGCUGGAAGCUGCUUGGCUUUUUUCCCACCCUUCAGUCACCACUGUUUUGAGUAAUAAAAUGCACCAGACAAAGCUGGGAA